CGAUGUAUCGAUGUUUUUCUGAAAUCCCUACUUGAGGUGUUCCUAGAUCAGCUGGUGAACUGGUAAACAAUAGGCAUUUUGCUCCCAGCAAUAUACAUAUAUGUGCAUGCAUACAUACAUAUCUACAUAAAACAUACAUUAAAAAAAUAGUGAAAGACAAGAGUGGGUCCCGUGGAUUUUCGUUCAUAUGUUCAACAAAAUAAUAUAUCUAUAUUUUGAAUGGAUUCAAUAAAUAUCUGCCGAGCGUGCUUGUCGCGAGAAGACCAAGUGCAUCUACUGGAUUGGAAUCAACCCAUUAGCACUUUGGAAACCGAAUUGACAUACAAAGAAUGUUUUUGUAAAUGCACCCAAAUUAACGUAAGUUUAAAGGACGAUCAAAACGAACGUGAUGAAGCCCAAAUGCAAUACCUCUGCUUUGAGUGCGCCCAUAAAUUAAAAGAGGCCCACGGCUUUAUUGAAAAGGCAAGAAAGUCGGAUAAUGAAUUACGUUGCAUACGGCUCGAGAAAGUGAAAUUGGAAGAUGAGAUGGCAAACACUUUUGAAUGGGUUCCAGUAGAAGUGAAGGAAUUGAAAAAUAAUUUAUCAGAGGUUGAAAUAAAGAACUGCGUGGAAGAUCCCAAAAAUGCACUUGAGUGGAGUGAAAACUAUAUAGACGAUUUUGAAACUGCUAUAUCAAAUGAUAUCGCUCUCGAUGAAAAUGUAAAAAGUGAAUCUGAUGAGCCUGUAUCAAAUAAAGUAGAUCGACCAAUCGUAGCUCAUAAAAAAUUUAAAAAUGUACGAAAAAGAAGCUACGUCACGAAGAAGAGUUCCAAGGGAAUAGACGAGAUUGUAACCUGUGAAAAAUGUGGAAAAACUAUGACCAGGAAGGCUUUAAGGAAACAUAAGUACAUUCACAAACCCAAGAUAUAUCUUUGUCAGGCUUGCCCAAGAAAAUUUAAUGAUGAAAGGGCACUGAGAAAGCACGAAGAAACCCACAAAGAACAUCGUGAGCGGUACCCGUGUGACAAAUGUGGUCGAUCAUUUGCAUCACCAUAUUAUCUCCAAACACAUCUACAGACCCACGAAAAUAAUCGCAAACCAAUGUUUCAUUGCAAGCAGUGUGAUAAGUCAUUUCUUAAUAAAAGUGGCUUAUCAAUUCAUGAGCUCCAUCACAAAGGAAUUACGAUAGAAUGCAACAUUUGCCAAAAACGUUAUGUACGACAAGUAGAUCUUGAAGCACAUUUGCGAACUCAUUCAGGAGAAUCUCCAUUUGUAUGCCGCGUUUGUAACAAAUCGUUUAGCCAAAAGCGUAUUCUCAAUAGGCAUAUGCAAUAUCAUAAAGGAUACACUAGUUACACUUGUUUAACAUGUGGUGAAAAGUUUUCAAAAUAUGACAAAUAUUAUACACAUCGCAUGCAGCAUACAGGUUUACCUUACAAGUGUGGUUCGUGUGAAAAAAAGUUUGAAGAUUCUUACAAAACUAAGCGGCAUAUAAGAGGCGUUCAUAAAAUUCAACAAGACGAAGAGGUCGAAAAACUCGUAGUAAGAAUAAAUGUAACGAAAGAAUACCGAGGCCGAAUAGUCGAAUUUUUGAGAAAAACUGAAGAUGAAACACCUGCUUAAAUGCAACUUUAAAAGGACUCCUCCAAAAGGCCUUCUGA